AUGGCGUUGGAAUAUAAUUACGAUGAGGAAGGAGAAACUUGGCCAUUUUUCGUAAUGGCUGUCCUUACCUUUAUUUUGGUUCCACUUACGAUAAAAUGGAUUAGAAAAGCAGUGAGCUCGAAUGAUCCAUUAACUCAAAAUAAGAAAGUUAAGGGAUCGAUUGUGGAAGACCAUAAGACUUUACAAAUUGAUAAUUUUGAUAAAAUCAAGAAGUUUCAAUCCAAAAAAAAAUCAGCUAAAAUUUUCAAUAAAACUUUGCUUGUAUUGAUCAUUGGAUGGGCAUUGGUGAUCUAUAUUGCUUUGUAUUAUACUAAAGAGGCCAACUUACAAGGAUCUUUUGAUCCUUAUACUAUAUUGGAUGUUUCAAUUACUGCUUCUGAACGUGAAAUUAAAAGUCGUUAUAGAAAAUUAUCUUUGAAAUUUCAUCCGGAUAAACUCCCUCAAGAUGUCACUCAAGCAGCAAGAGAAGAAAUGGAAACUGCUUUUAUUAAAAUCAAUUUGGCUUACAAAGCUUUAACUGAUGAGGUUACUAAAUCAAAUUUUCAAAAAUAUGGCCAUCCUGAUGGUCCUCAAGACGUGAGUCAUGGUAUUGCCAUUCCUAAAUUUUUGGUUGAAGGUUAUUAUUCUCCUUUUAUGGUGGUUCUUUAUUUCUUCUUAAUUGGUGUCUUAUUACCAACAAUUGUUGGUGUUUGGUGGAAUAAUGUUAAAAGUCAUACUAAAAGAGGUAUUCAUGUUGAAACUGCUGCAAUGUUUGUUCGUAAAUUAGCUGAUAGAAACCCAGGUAAAGUUAUGACUCCAUAUGAUUUAUUGGAUUGGCUUCUUGCUUCUAAUGAAAUUCAAACUGAAUUUAAACAUUUGGGUCCUAAUCAAAUUAGAGAUUUAAUUUCAAAAUAUUUAUUCCGUAAUGAUAAAGAUCUUGAUGCUAAACUUCAAAACGAAAAAUUAAAAUUAAUUUCAGUCUUACCAAAAUUAUUAAAUGGGUUUAUUGAAAUUGCAGCUGCUUUUAGAGGUGUGGACAUUAUUAUUGCUGCCACUGAUUUACAAAAAGCCAUUGUUCAAGCUGUUAGACCAACUGGUAGAUAUCAAGAAUUAUUACAAUUGCCUUAUGUUGACGCGAAAGUUAUCAGUCAACAACCAAUUAAAAAACUUGGUAAGUUAUUGACGUUAUCAGAAGAAGAAGCUGGGAAAGUUUUAGGUAUUACCGAUUCAACAAAAUUGAAAAAGGCUUUAGAAGUUGCAUCUCACAUUCCACAGUUUAGAAUCUUAGAAGCUGAAUUUAAGGUUCCUGGUGAUGAAAUUGUUCCUCCAAAGGCUAGUUCUCAUUUGUCAAUUAAAUUUUUAAUUAAAUCUCCUAAACUCAAAUCUUGUCCUGAUAUCCCUGAUGAAAGAUUAGUUGACGAAGAAACAAUGGAUUACUUAAGAGAUCCUUUGAAAAUAAAUGAAGAACAACCACUUUUACCAUUUACUUAUUCUCCUUAUUUCCCAAAUAAUAUUCGUAACGCAUGGAAUGGGUUCAUAAUUGCUCAAAAGGAUACUAAAUUAGUUGAAGGUAGUACCAUUGCGAGAUUAGAAAAUGCCGAUUUGAGUAAUAUAGAAAUUAGUCAAGACCAAUGGAUCUCUGGUAAAGAAGGCGAUGUUGCUAUAGGUACUUUUAAAAUCCCAUUUACUAAUCCAACCCCAGCAUCUCCUGGUAAGUAUCAUUUUAGAUUAAUCUUGAAAAAUAAUGGUUACUUUGGUAGUGAUGUCGAUAUUCCAUUAGUCAUGGAAGUUGAAAAUCCACCUCCACCAAAGAUUGAUGCUGCUAAAUUGAAAGCCAAACUUGAAGGCACAGAAGAAUCAGACGAUGAAAGUGAUAUAUCUGAUCCUGAAGAAGAUUCUCUUGCUGGUGCAUUAGCAGCUUUGAAUGGAGGUAAUGUUAAAAAAUCGGUUAAAGAAGAUGAAGACUCGGAUGAAAGCGACAAUGAAAGUGUUUUCACCGAUAUUAAUACUGACACUGAAGACGAAGGUAAUUAA